CAGAUCAAAACAAUUUCAUAGAAGAAUUCAACUUCUAAUUCACAAAGCCUAAUCAAAAUAUUGAGGAAAAAAAAAGAGAGUACAUAAAUAAAGAAGAAAAUCUUUUAGAUGGCUGUUGAUUUAGAGUCCUUAUCGGAGGCUACUUCAGGUGCUUUAGGGUCAUUGUUAAGCACCACGAUUUUGUACCCUCUUGACACUUGCAAAACCAAGUAUCAAGUCGAGGUUCAAGACCAUGGUCAACGAAAAUACAGGAACCUGUCAGAUGUAUUAUGGGAAGCGAUAUCUAACCGCCAAGUUAUUUCCUUAUACCAGGGAUUAGGCACAAAAAACCUACAGUCAUUUAUUGCACAAUUUGUUUAUUUUUAUGGAUAUAGCUACUUCAAAAGACUGUAUCUAGAAAAGAGUGGUUUCAAAUCGAUUGGGACAAAAGCAAACUUGAUUCUUGCUGCUGCAGCAGGGGCUUGUACUGCUAUUGUCACUCAGCCCCUGGAUACAGCCUCCUCAAGAAUGCAGACAAGUGCAUAUGGAAAAUCAAAAGGGCUCUGGAAGACCCUCACAGAGGGCACUUUGAGUGAUGCAUUCGAUGGCCUUGGCAUAUCUCUUUUACUGACCUCCAACCCUGCAAUUCAGUUUACAGUAUUUGAUCAGCUGAAACAACGACUACUUAAGCAAAAACUGAAGGAAGCAGACCAUGAUUCUUCUCCAGUAGUUCUAUCUGCCUUUACAGCUUUCCUGGUAGGCGCAAUAUCGAAGAGUGUUGCAACUAUCUUGACUUAUCCAGCAAUCAGGUGCAAGGUAAUGAUCCAAGCCUCAGAUCCAGACGAAGAUGAUGAUAAAACUAAGAGAGCUCAACGAAAACCACGGAAAACAGUGUCAAGUGUUUUCUGUAAUAUCUGGAAAAAGGAAGGGAUUCCCGGCUUUUUCAAAGGAAUAGAGGCUCAAAUCACAAAGACUGUAUUAAGCUCCGCUUUGCUUCUAAUGAUCAAAGAGAAAAUUUCAGCCACCACUUGGGUUCUUAUCCUUGCUAUCCAAAGGUAUUUGUUGCUUACAAGGGGUAAAUUAAAAAAGGCAUGAUAUGAACACUAUCAGAUAUUACUUGGAGAUCAAGUUAAUACUCCGGCUUCAUUAGAGCACAAAGCAUAGCUGCAGCAACAUAGAUGUAAACUAACCAGAGCUCUCUCUUUGUGCUUCAUCCCCGAAAUAAUCCUGUAUGCCAGAAUACAAUGCGAAGACACUCGCAUAAUAUGUACUUAUAGUACAAUUGCAUAUCCUGUUCGAAUUAUAGUACACCAUUAUCUGUCAUUCUUUUUUUCUGGUUAGAAGAGGGGAGCAUUUUUGCUCAAAACUUCGAAAUGGCUGUUGUUGGCCAUAUAUCAUAGCUUAUGAUUCUUUUGUACUUGUUAUCUGAAUUAGUCUUACCAUGACAGGCAAGGGCUUAAAAGUUUUUCAGAA